ACCGAUCUCACCAUUUCAACUUUUCCACAUUCCACGAUACCCUUUUUCCACCAAUUCAAUUCACUGGGAAACACACAAUCCCUUACCCUUCUCGAGAACAGAAUAACACCCCCAUACCACAACCCGCAAGCAAACAAAAUAUGCCCGACACCGGCCGCAACAUCUGCGUCACGUCCGUCGACGGACAGACGGGCCACCUGAUCGCGGAGCUGAUCCUGACGCACGAGACCUUUUCGUUCAAGGCCGACAGCGUCAUCGGACUUUCGCUCGACGCCAAGUCGGAAAAGGCGGCGGAGCUCGAGUCUCUUGGCGCCGUCAUCGUGGAGCACAAGCCCGGCUCGGGUGCCGACGACCUGGCCGCGACGCUCAAGAAGGCCAAGUGCGACACCAUCUGCCUGGUGCCGCCCGCCCGCUCCGACAAGCUCGCCGUCUGCACCGAGCUCGUCGAGGCCGCCCGCGCCGCCGGCGUCAGCAACGCACUCCUCAUCAGCUCCGCCGGCGCAGACUACGCCGAGCGCGAGACCCAGCCCCGCCUGCGCGAGUUCAUCGACAUUGAGGCCCUGGUCCUCGCCAACAAGGGAGACCCCGACAAUGCGCUUGCGCACUCGCCCUGCGUGAUCCGUGCCGGCUUCUACGCUGAGAACCUCCUCGUGUACGCUCCCCAGGCCUCGACCGAGGGCGUACUCCCGAUUCCCAUCGGCGAGAACCACAAGUUUGCGCCCGUCGCUCUCGGUGAUGUCGCCCAAGUUGCAGCCCACGUCCUGACCGGCAAGGGCCCUCACGGCUUCGACGACCGCCACCGUGGCCAGAUGAUGGUGAUGACGGGACCCAUGCUCGCCAGCGGCAAGGAGCUCGCGACCUCAGCCAGCAAGGGCGUCGGCUCGCAGCUUCAGUUCCAGGACAUUCCCGAACUCGAGGCCAAGGUUGUGCUCCGGAACCAGUCCGAGUCCGACGAGUCGGAGCUCGAGUACAUUCUCGAGUACUACAGCCUGGUGCGCGAGGGUAAGACCAACUACAUCGCCACCUCGGCCUUCCACUACGUCACCGGCGGCCGCCCGACCGAGCUCGACACCAUCUUUGAGAUGUACGCCGGCGAGCUGAGGCCGCAGAAGAAGCGCCGCACUGCUGCCGAGUCCAACUAAGACAACGCAAAACGGUAUGAGAAAUGCAGUCAUCUGGGAAGAGGCUGGGGGUGUUGGCGUUUAGCACUUUUUUUUCUUUGUUUUUGAUUUGUGUUUUUUACUCGCUUUAGGGGUUACAGACGCCCUGAGGAGUUCACGAUAAUGAAUGUUUGCGGGGACCAACGAACAGAACCCCACCAGAGCAUACCUAGGUAUCCAGGAGAUCCGGUCUGGGAUUUUGCACAUUGCAUCACGUGUGUACCGGAGUGCGCCGAGACGCAUAUCGUCACGGUUACGUCGCAGCCAACACUUUGAAUAUGGCCCACCAUAGGACACGCCUGUUUUUUGCAGGUUGAAUCAAAAGGUUUUGGCGAA